GUUUGGAUGCCAUUAUUGGCAGGCCUGUUAGAAGAGCCUAAAGCUACUUUCCAUAAAACACCAAGCUAAAUGUUUGGUAUUCUGGAGUGUGCCGUAUUUCCGUGCACAAUGUCUGUUUAAAAUCCUCAUCUGACAUUAAACAUCUUCUCUCUGGUUUGGCCAGUUUAUGUAAAGAAUGCCAGGACUGCUCAGCACUCAAAGUUCCUGAUUUCAAUGGAACCUGAGUUUUACAGAAGGUAGAUCCCCACCAACUGUAACGCUGACCUGAUUUUUGGGAUGAUACAAUAGAUAUGAUACAUGAUGAUUGAUCGCACUAUUACAAGAAGUUGCAGGAUCAUCCAGAUGUUUACAGAUUGAAGCUGAGGCAUAUGGUGACUAAUACUUGUGAAAUUUGGGGCCAUUUUCCCUGCUGAUCAGGAAAAUGGACUUCAAGUUACUGUGGUAGAAGAGGGAUAAAACAUUCAAUGAUAACCAAGCCUGCAACCACUUUACAUUUGCUGACAUAAAAAGUGUUGCUGGGAACCUGUCAUGGUUCCAAAGGCCACAGGAAAAUUCGGGAACUUCCAUUAGGGUUUCAGACCGCUUGGACUGCCUUUCAGCCAUUUUCCUCAGUCGCUGAUAUGUGUUCAAGAUGAGUGGACCUGGAGAAAACGCACUGGAUCCAGUGAAUUCUGAUUCAAGGAAACGAAAACUUUCAUCCUUCGAUGCUCAGGGAUCAAGUGUGAAUUGCAGCAUUGAAAAGCGCCGUCGUGAGCAAGAGAGCAAAUACAUCGAGGAGCUGGCUGAACUAAUCUCUGCCAACCUAAGUGACAUUGACAACUUCAAUGUCAAACCUGAUAAAUGUGCAAUCUUGAAAGAAACUGUGAGGCAGAUUCGUCAGAUAAAGGAGCAAGGAAAAGCAUCUUCAAAUGAAGAUGAUGUGCAGAAAGCUGACGUAUCUUCAACAGGGCAAGGAGUCAUUGACAAGGAUUCAUUGGGUCCUCUCUUGCUUAAGGCCUUGGAUGGCUUUCUGUUUGUGGUCAAUCGAGAUGGAAACAUAGUGUUUGUGUCUGAAAAUGUUACCCAGUACCUUCAGUACAAACAGGAGGAGCUUAUGAACACUAGUGUGUAUAACAUCCUUCAUCAAGAGGAUCGUGAUGAAUUUCUUCGAAAUUUGCCAAAAUCUACAGUGAAUGGGGUUUCUUGGACAAACGAAACACAGAGACAGAAGAGCCAUACGUUUAACUGUCGUAUGUUAGUUCAGAUGCCAUAUGAUUCUUUAGAGGAGUCGAAUGGAAACCAUGAGCCACGUCAGAAAUAUGAAACUAUGCAGUGCUUUGCACUUUCUCAGCCGAAGGCUAUGACUGAAGAAGGUGAAGAUCUGCAGUCCUGUAUGAUUUGUGUAGCAAGACGGAUUACACCAGUGGAGAGAUCGCCAUUUCCCUCCAGUCCUGAAAGCUUUGUCACAAGGCACGAUAUGACAGGCAAGAUUACUUCAAUAGAUCCAAGUUCCCUGCGUGCCUCAAUGAAGCCAGGCUGGGAAGAUCUUGUAAGAAGAUGCAUUCAGAGGUUCUUUCAUCAUAAUGAUGGGCAACCAUGGUCCCUGAAAAGACAUUAUCAAGAAGCCUUGACACAAGGCCAAGCUGAGAGUCCCCUUUAUCGAUUCUCCUUGUCGGAUGGCACUAUAGUCACUGCACAAACUAAGACCAAACUUCUACGCAACCCAGCAUCCAAUGAGUCCCUUGGCUUUGGCUCUACACACCUGCUGCAAAGGGAACAGAAUGGUUGCAGAUUGAACCAAACCAACUUGGGGCAAGAAAUGAUGAAAACACUUGCCACAGCAAGCACAAACUCUUCGGGCAAUAUGAGCAUGCCAUCAGGGGCAGCAGGACAGGGAAUGCCAGUGCAAAAUAAUAUGACCUAUGGUGCAAAUAAUUUGAAUGACCCCAGUUCUAUGGGGCAAAUGGGAAGGUUUGGCGCAGGAAGUGGGACUGCUGGUGCACUGAACCAUGGGUCUGGUAUGCAGACACCUAACUUACAGGGGAACAGUUAUGCACUCACCAUGAACAGUCCCCCACACAGUAGCCCUGGGGUGAACACAACCCAACAGAAUCUAAUGCUUUCACCGAGGCAUCGGGUAAGUCCACGAAUGGGACCCAGCCAAUAUUCUACAACUGGUGGCAUGCAAUCGCCGGUGGGACAUAUAAACAGCACAGGAAGUAGCACCUUCUCUAGUAGUUCCCUUAAUGCACUUCAAGCCAUAAGUGAAGGAUUGGGAGUUUCACUCCUGUCAUCACUAUCAUCACCUGGUCAAAAAAUGGAAACUUCUCCAAAUGUGAACUUGCUCCAGCAAUCAAAGAUGGGUAGCAUGGAUCUAAAAGAUUCUCCUGGCCUUUUUGGGGAACACAACCAAGUUGAGAGCACAGUGGGUCGACCAGAAAGCAGAGAUGCUCAUAGCGAACAGAAGAACAUCAAGGAAGGAAAUCUGAACCUUUUUGGCAACAGUGAUAACAUAGAGGGCCAGAGAAGAUUCCAUGAGAACAAAAACCACACCAAACUUUUGCAGUUACUGACCUCUCCCUCGGAUGACAUGGGACUGACUUCGUUAACAAACUCCAACUUGGAUUCUAGUGUUAAGGACUCCUCUCCAGGUAUCACAAGUCCAACAGGGGUCUCCUCGACCUCGGCUACAGCUGGUGGCAACUCUGCAACCACAUUGCACGGCUCUUCUUUACAAGAGAAACACAAAAUUUUACACAAGCUGCUGAAGAAUGGAAACUCUCCUGCUGAAGUGGCCAAGCUUACUGCAGAGGCUACAGGUAAAGAGUCUUGUCAGGAUUCAGGCAGUAUGACGCCAGUGGGAGACGCUGUCAUCAAGCAAGAACAGAUGAGCCCGAAGAAGAAGGAGAAUAAUGCACUACUGCGAUACCUGUUAGAUAAAGAUGAUCCAAAAGAACUCACUUUAAAGGAUGUUAAGCCUAAAAUUGAAGGAAUGGACAAAAUGGAUCCUUGUAAUGCAGCAAAAAUUUCAGGUUCAAUACAGGUGAAAGAUGAAGUGCGCAUCAAGACUGAACCAACUGACCAGACAAGCAAUGAAUUAGACACUUUAGAUGAUAUUCUGGGUGAUUUACCCCAGUAUUACCCUGAGUCUGGGAAUAGCAACACUAUGAUAAACAAACAGGCAAUGUUUCAGGAUGUCAUGGCAUUUGAAAGAGGUCACUCACCUUCCCCAGGAACACAGAAGCAAAUCCGUGGCACUUUAGGCAGUCCACCACCUAUGCAACCCUCUAGACCUCGGUUUAACCGAGCCAUGUCAUUGGAUAUCAACAGCCAGGGUCAGCCCAGUGCAGGACUUGGCCCUCCUCUGAGAAACAGCAGCCCAUAUGCAAUGAUGGCAAAACAAGCAAUGAUGGCAAACCGGAUGGGAGGCAGUCAAGAAAGUUUUGUGGGGAGUGCAGGUUCACAUGGAGGUAUGAGCAUUGCUCGGCAAACAGCCAUGGCAACAGGGGAGUGGGGAUUGCCAAACUCUACUGGGAACACGGGACCUAGUUCUAUGAUCAGACCAAGUUCGGACUAUAGCUCAUCUCUGCAAAGAGCUAUGGUGGGUAACUCCUCACUUGGAAUGCAGAUGCGGUCUAAUGGACAAUCUGGUGCAAGAACGUUGCUUCAGCAACAGAUGAUGGGACUGAGACCUUCAGAGAUGGAUAUGGGUCUUGGAGGCCCGCAGUUUGGACAACAGCAAGGUCCAGCCAAUCCAACUGCAUCGUGGCCAGAAGGUGUCCUUCAGAUGGAACAAGGAAAUUCAGGCAACCAGAGCAGGCAGCCAUUUGGAAGCUCCCUGGAUGAUCUUCUUUGCCCUCCAACUACCGCAGAGGCUCAGAAUGAUGAAAAAGCGCUACUGGAUCAAUUGGACACACUGCUGAGCAAUGCAGAUGAAAUGGGCCUAGAAGAAAUUGACAGGGCAUUAGGAAUCCCAGAUCUUAUCAGUCAGGCUCAACCUCUUGAGGCACACUCAGAACUGUUCUCAGGGCAGGACACAACCAUGAUGUUAGAACAAAAAACGAUAUAUGGUCAACCAUUUCCAUCCCAGCCUGGUCCAGUGCAGGGAUGUUAUCCUUCCAUGCAGGGCCAGCAACCAAGCUUUAACCCCAUGAUGAAUCAAAUGGGUCAACAAGGCAGUUUCCCCCUUCCCAACAUUCAUGCCAGAGCAAACUUUGCCCGGCAUCGCAUGAUGAAUGCUUCUGCUCCCAAACAACUUCGAUUGCAACUUCAACAGAGGUUACAAGGACAGCAGCAGCUUAUGAACCCAAACCGUCCGCCCCUUGGAGUUAAACUAGAAAGCCCCAAUGCAGUCAAUCCAGCUCUCCGACCAGGCAUAUCACAGCAAAUGAUGGCGCAGAUGAUGGCCCAACAGCAUCGAGAGCUCCUGAGUCAACGCCAGAGACAGAUGGUGCAACGAGCCAUGAUUAUGCGACAGCAGCAACAGCAAGGCUUCAGCCCUCCACCCAAUGUAACAGCUCCCACUGGCAUGGAAAGUGCUAUGGGAGGUCCUCAGAUAACCCCAGCAUCACCACAGCAAUUCACGUACCAUCCAAAUUAUGGGAUGAAUCAACAACCUGACCCAACUUUUGGCAGGGCUCCCAGCCCCCAUAAUGCACUCAUGUCAAGAAUAGGGCUUUCACAGAAUCCCAUGAUGCAGCACCCUCAGGCAGCUUCUGUCUACCAAACAACAACUGACAUGAAGGGCUGGUCCACGGGAAACAUGGGUGGAAAUAGUACAUUUCCACAGCAGUCUCCACAGCAAUUUGGGCAACAGGCAAAUGCCAGCACGUACAACAGCUUGAUGAAUAUGAAUGCCAACAUGCCAGUAAAUGCCAGUGGCAGCAGUAUGGGUCAGAUGCCAGGGCAAAUGGGUAUGACUCCAAUGUCUGUGUCAGGGAUGUCAACCAUGGGUCCAGAACAGAAAUAUUGCUGACAACUCAGGACGGCUGAUCAUCAAUCCAAAAAUGGUUAAUUUGGGUCCACAUGGCUUUUGAGAGCAAUGCACUGUGAGAAUAUACAACAAAGACAAUUACACAGAUGGAGAUGGCGCCACCUUGUGUGCUGCUGGGGAUUGGUGCAGCCCAAAUAGAACCACUGUGCCAGCCUGCUAAGUUGUACAUUUCUUAACGAAAGAGAACUGUUUCUCUGUUUUUAUUAGAUGUGUUUGUUUUAUCAAAAAGAAGACUCUUGGCAGCAGUACACCGCUGGGUCAAAAACUCGAAUCGUUUAGGAUUUGCUUUGGUUUUUAAUUGUCCUUUAAUGUCACCUGGUUGCUACCUUUUUGCUUGCCAAAUCUAGCAUCUACUUCAAUGCAGUACCUGGCCUUGUUUUACUUUGUUUGGCAGUGUUGUGAAAUGUCACUCGUAAUGUGGUCAUCACAUUUACAAACAUUUGAGGGGAAGAAAAAGGUGACUGCUGAGUGUCAGCAUAGGACAGUGUGCUUGUUGAUGCACUUUAGAGAGGGCUGAAGUAGUCAAGGAUCGCUGCAGUGUUUCAUGAUCAGUAUAGCCAUAUCUGCACAUUAGCAAUUUCUUGUUUUUGUUUUCCAUAUCAUCUUUGCGUUAGAUAUCCCAUUGGUAUUUUGUAGUGGAACACACUGUAUGACCAACCUCCAACUUUUUAAAUCUGCAUAUGCAAUGCCAAGCAAUAAUCUUCUUUAUUUUAAAAUAUUGCAGAUAAAAUUUCAAAUGGGGUAAAUACAAGGUGCGUGCUGUUCACUUAAAGCAAGGUACUGCAGCAUAAAACUCCUGGAAGCUGGCUCCUGUGAAUAUAUCUUGUAAAUAAUGAAUACAAUAUUAUAUUAUAUAUACACUUUUAUAGGUCACAUUUUCUGAUUUUUUUUUUUUGCACAGCAUUGGUGAGGCUAAAUAUUUGACAGACUCUUAUUUCUGUACACUUGCCUUUUGGCACCAGUUCAAGUUGUCAGUCCUGUUUGCACCAGACCUUGACAAUUGAGCCAAUCUGUAUAAAUGUGCAAAAUCUUUAGAUUUUUCCAUGUUGAUCACCCAGAUUUUAUCCUGUGCUGCCAAUCUUUUAACUUUCUGAAAGUUUUUUUUUCUCAUUCUUCUCACCUUCCUCUCCCCAUCAUUAUAUCUAUAAAAAGAGGUGCUUCUGAAUAGUGCAACUGCAUCAAACUUACCUGAAAAUCAAAGCUUAAAUUGGCCAAACAGUAACUGAUCAAAAGUUUGAAGAAUGAUUUAUUUCUUACUAGUAUUCAAUUUAGUUUAUAUUGAGACAGAAUUGCCCAUCAAGUGCUGCUUGGCCAUCCUCACCUCUGUGAGAGGAAGAGAGGGGUCGCCUGUAAAUUGCUGAGCAAUAAUUCAUAGUGUCUAUGUUAUGGUGAUGGAUGAUGUAAGGAUCUUUGUGAAGACGGAACUUUGGCAUUCCACUACUUCUACAAAUAUAGGGGGAUGGAAUGAGAUUUGCAUCAUUAAAAAUGAGAUUCAAUUCUGUGACAGGUUUCACGUGAUAUUGCCUCACACAUCAGCUUACUUUACAUGGUUGUACUCCAAAGGAAUAAUAUUCUACCUAAUUUCCUUAUUUUGAGUGUAAAUUAUGGAUUCUGUGAGAUUCUGAAUGAGCAAAGUCUAUGAUGACUUGAUGAAUGAGUGACAGGACUGAACAUUAUGCAAUUCAUAGUGAUAGAGUUUAAUUCAAUGGACAACAUUUUAUGUUUAACUGUAAAACUAAAUUUUGAUUGCUUUUGAUUUUUUGUGGGUAAUAAUAUACUGGGGUGUAUUUUUUUGAAGCAAGAAGAGAAUUCUGUUCAGAUUGGUCUGAAAAUAACUGUUACCAGUUAAUGCCACUGGUUUCAGGGUGUGUUCAGAUUUGUUGAAACAAAAGAUAACUUUCUUGAUUGCAGUGUCUUUCCAAAGUUUAUUAGAAAUAUAAAAGUAAUACUGUAGUUGAGCGAAACUGAUUGAACUAUAGAUUUUAGACUGACAAAGAAGCAUAAAGGUAACAUGCUCAUCACAGGGAAGUGGAAUCAUUUUGCACAUCUAAACUAGCUUGUAGUUCUUAUUCCAUGAAUGCUCAUUGUUCUAGUUAAUGUGAGUUCUUUUUUCCUUCUACCUUACUUGUUUGCUGCUUUUAUUUCUUUCUACUCAAACAUUGUUUGAUCUGUUGGAGUCUAUAGUGUUUCACAAAGUUGGACAUGUCUGCUAGUGCAUUCUUUGUUAAGAAAAAGAAUGUACCUCAAGACUACACAAAAUCAUGACUAGCAUUUUAAUGCAAAAUUAAUUACUGCCACUGAGAACUUCUUUUUUCCCAAAAGGAUACAGCAAUUUAAACAGACUUCCUUUCCCCCUAAUGACUGAAGUCAAAUGUUCAAAUGGUACAGAAAUCUAUGCAACAAUUCAACUGAAGUGUAAGGUUUCUGUGCUGCUAAUGCGGUUUGUGUCAGGCCACAACUGCACUUCUGCCUCUGUAGACUUGUUAUUUUUUUAAAUCAAUAUAUACAAUGUUACUGGAACUACCGUAGAUAAAGACAAUGUCAAGUCUGGUUAACUUUGUUAUUGUAACUUGCAUUUGUAGACAAGCAAGUGCUAGAUGAAUGGAAUAGAAAAAAUGCUGUUCUUGGCAGCAUUUAUGAACAUUAACUUGAAUUGAACCUACUUUAGUUGAAGCAAUGGGUAUGUUUUGUGCAACUAAUGGCCUGAGGCCUUGUCUGAUCAUAUUGAUCACUUAACAGUUUAAAAGAAAACAACGAGUUGCUGUCAACAGCAGCAGAUACAUUCCACAUCUGAAUAUUUUUUGUUUGGUGACGUCUCCCCAAACCCCACGAGAAACAAAGCAAAUAUUUGAUUUAAUUUUAGUGUUCUUUGGAUACAUUACUGACUGUGUCGGCUGGCUACUCUUAAACUGAAAGAAACUUUGUUUUAUUAGGAGAGGUUUAAGUAGCAGCAUCUGAUUUUUAAUUUUGGAAGAAUCCCUUUGUGACUCUGCUUAAUAUAUUUAGGGUUUUUUUAAAAAAUGACCUGAAAGCUUUCUAGAAGCAUUGGUGCAGACUUCUUUCAGCAAUUAAUUGCUGCAUUUUGCACACGGGGCAGACGUUUGGCAGCCAUUGACUGGUGCUCCCUGGUGUGCAUAUGAGCCAAAAUAAAAUUUGGCUGUCUGAAGUCAACCAUGCAUAGAUGGAGCUGGGCAAUCCAUGAAACAGAGGCAAUACAGUUCAGCUGUUGCCUGGCCAAGUUGAAAACAAAAAUGGCUGAGUGCCUGUUGUUUCCACACAGUUGGAAAUCGAGUCUCAUUCCUGAAGUAAUGAAAGAUUUUUUUUUGAGUGGGGAAUGAAAUACAAACUUGCCUUAUUUAUACAUGGGUAGUUCAGAGUGAAAGUUUUCAGAAUUGAAAGCUUAAUCAUGGACAACCUUUUACUGUGGGUGGGCUGGGUUGGGGCGAAGACAUCAGUUACUUUGGUUGCUAAGUGAUGAAAACACUCAGGUUUGCUGCACAUCUAGACUGAGGUCGAAACUAACCAAAAAAAAGAAACAAACUACUAAAUUAGCCUGAUAGUGUAAGGGACCUGACAUUGGCUGCAUUGCAGUAGCUGAUUCUUGGUGUGAAGAACCAUAUGGAAAACUGUGUUUCAUUUAUAUUCAGUUGCACUUUUCUGUAUCCUGAGGAGGAAGUAGAUAUUAAAAAUACUAUACCUGUACUCAGUGAAGAGUGUCCUUAAGAAUAUAACCAAUUAAAGUGCAUAUUUUAUUGUUCACUAUUAUUUUAUAACUUCUGCUUUGCUUUUCUUGUUAAAUCUAGGCAUAAUGGUAUAGCUGAUCUCCAUAUUUCUUAUACUGGAACUCUGAGUAUUGUGGCCAUUAAGCAGAAUAUAUUCCCUGAUAAAAUGUUCAGAUCUCAAACCACAGCUCAAAUGUAUGAACGUUCUUCACUGGCAAAGAGUGUCCCAAUUUCAGCUGGUGACCCUGAGCGACAUGGGUAUUGCAUUCUCAACAGAGAGGUGAAUUACAGAGCUAUCCGCCUGCUUCCAGAAUUUGUUCUUUUUGUACUGGAUCAAGGUGCAUGGCAGGGGAUAAAUUGCUUGCAUCCCACAAGAGAAGGGCAUUAAUUAGAUAGAAUUCCUAAGUAACAAAAAUGAGUUGGUUUUCACAUGAUUUAGAGAAAAUAGGGCUUUUUAGAAGCAGCAUGAGAUGCUUGCAUUUGAUAUAAGUUUCUACAGCUAAUUACUACAAGCUAAUUUUAAAAAAUAUUGUGAUGGCAAGUUUUAAUAAAGGGUUUUUGUACAGGGAUAUUUAUAAAGGAUACAAACUUGAAUUAACUGCCAAUUGCCUCAACUGAAUCCCUUUUUUCUUAAGGUGAACAAUAUUUACAAAAGAUCAGUGCAUGAAUUCCUGUUCGAACAUCUGUUUGUUGCUUCAAAAAGUAAAAAAUGCCCAAGCGUGCAAGCUAUCGAUAUUCUGAUUUGCUCAUGAAAUGUACAGUCAACCUCACUCCAGCAGUAAUUAUGUCCCUGAUACCUCAGUAGGUUCAUCUAGGGAAUAACUGAAAUUUACAGACCAGAAUGGCUCCAGCUUUGAUCUCUCUUUUGUGCUGAUGUUAGCUAUGAGGGGGCUGAGGAGAAGAAAGGCACACUACAGUUGUCCUCAAUGACUCUGGAUUGAGGAGGAGGAAAUUGACUAGCAUUCUCACUCCUGAUCAUGCUGGUGUUCGUCCAGAAAUGGACAUCUGAAGUACAGGGGCAAGUUUAGCUAUAAGUCGACUGGGAUCAAAUAUCCUUUUGAUGCACACACUUCAGGAUUGCGAAUGAGUAAUGGCUACUUGGAUCAGGUACUUGAGGCACCCCGUGCCUGUAGAACAUUAUUCCACUGUGGAGUCAGUACCUUCUAGAAAGAAGGAAGGGGAGAGAAGCUUAUUUCAUGGAACUAACAUUGUAUAUUUUAAUGAAAAUUUUAUACAAUUCAGAUUUUACUCCAGGUGAAACAUUAAUAAUAGUGUUUGCAAAUUGGCAUCAUUCUUUGAGUCCGAGCACUGUACUAAUGUCCACAACUGAGUUUGGAAAUUAAAAGGCUGGGCUGCAUUUCUGUCUCCAAUCUCCAGAUUUCCUUAUUAGCUCCCUCCCACCCGCUUCCCUGACAGUAAGUGAUCAUUUUACCUAACAAUGCUUCACAUCACUAUGAGUUCAGAGCGCUGUGAAUAAAAUGGAAUUAUAUUUUUAAUGCAGAAAAUGAUUGUUUUGAAUUCCAGUACAAUAAUUAUGUGCGAUCUGAACUGGGUGCUCCAGGAAGUUUGGGAUUUCUAGGUAAAAUGUGUGAGAUUAGACUAGAUUUUUUGAUUUGUUUUCAUUCUUAGAUUGCAUACUACUAUAGAAUUCUGAGAUCAUGUAUAUUCAAACUCUUUCCUUACGGAUAACACCAAAUUGUACAUUAAUAUGGCUAAUGUAUAGGUUUACCCAGCUGAGCAAACUAUUUAUUAUUUAAAUAAGGAAUAAUUCAAUGCAGGUAUUAUAAUGAGUCACUUUUUUUCUUUUUAUUUUUCCCAUUAGCCUCAACCUAAUUUUUAUGUUUUUAAUUUUCUAUAUCAAGUUUUGUUGGUGGUAGACACCUGUAAAAAAAAACUUAAAAUAAAAUUAAUAAAUUUAUCAUGCUGUAAAAGCAAUAUUUGAAAGGCCAACUGGAGAAGACCUACAGUAUUGAAGAGUAGUGAGGAUUCAAUUUAGUUCAGUCUGAAGAUAUCAAAUAUUGCUAUUUGUAUCCCAAUGUUACAUUUCAUGCAAAGCAAGGUAUGAUAGAGAAUUCGUUUAAAAAAACACAAAAUAAUUAAAAAAGAUAAGGUUGUUAGCAGAUAUUGCUUUUACUGAUUUAUUUGCCUCUUGAUGUUAAUGUUGUAAAUAAAGAUUUCUAUUUAAAAUGUCUUUGGCGAUUUGUUACUGUAUCUUGCUAUUCAGCUGUUUGGAAACAGAUGUUGUAAGAAAGCAUUCUGUAAAAGUUGUACAUUAAAUACACAUAAGCCAUGUCUGAAUAAAUUUUCAUGAUAUUAAAGUGUGUGAAUGUGAAUGUUAAAAGAAA